AUGCUUGAUUGUCUGGGCGGCUGCUUCUCUUGGAGCCUCCCCAAGCACACUUCGAAGAUGGAUGCGACGCAUGUGAAGCAUAAGGCCACUGAGGCCAGAGCCAGACCGCCGGUCGUCUGUGCCAACGGCAAGGCCUCUGUGGUUUUUCCAUUGAGCGUGCCAGCUGCGCCAGCUUUGGCUUUACUGGAGGCAGCCAGUCGGGUUUCAGCGUGGCCCGUGCAAAUACAAGGAUAUACCACUGCUCUCACUUCAGAGGCAGGUGCCUGCUCGGUUCGCAUGGUUUUGGAUUCGUCGGCGGAGCUGGAACAGGGCAACUAUGCGGUCGCUUUGAGGGCCCCGGGUUUUUCGGGUUGGCUCCCUGGCUUGGGCAAUACUCGGAAACUCCAAAGUGGCGGAGGGGGCAUGGAGGUGGUGGUGCUGGGCCGGGCCGACUCCCAUUUUGCCGCUGUCACCUACUUGGCAGAGGAGACCCUGGCCUCUCUCCUGCCGGAAGGACUUGAGGGAGCAGAAAUACGCGUUUUGCAGCCACGGCUCAUGAAGCAAUUGGCCGACUGCCCCGGCCAGUGGCUCCGAGACCGUUUGCUCAAGCUCGCGAACUGUGUGGAGGAAAGCUACGACUCACAAAGCUCAGGCCAGGAAGAGGCCAUCGCCGCUCGAGCUCGGCUACAGCAGAUGCUGCAAUUGGCCGGGCUGAGUUUUGUUCGAGUGGCGGAAGAGACCGUUUCCCAUGCAGACAGAGGACAGAGGAUUAGUGCUGCAGAGCUGGGGUAUUGGCAGGAGGAAGCAGACAUCGGGCAUCGCUGUGCCGGCAGCAUGGAUGGUUCUCAGCGCCGCGACGUUCCAGACGACAUUAUUGCUUCUAUGCUCUGA